AUUGUUGGUAGGUUAUUGUUCACCAAAACCAUAACCUAAAACCCCACUUACACCACAACACUUGAAUUUUUUCCCCAACAUUUUUUUAGUGUUCAUUAUUUUUUUUCCCUAGUUUGGUUAUUGAUAUAUAAGAUUAAAAUAGCCAUGAUGAGGCACACUCUAUUUUGCUCAAAAAGAAAAAGAGUGUAACCUAGCUUCUGUGCACAUAAGGUGUUUGUGUUUUUGCUCUGGCCAUGUUCCUCAACUACUCUCAUUUAUUUCCAUCCAUUCACUCACUCAUUCAUUCAUUGUUAUUAUUAUUGCCUGCCUGGCCUUAACACACUACUCUAAAACACUCUCACACACACAACACUUUAAUUUGGUGCAUGAAAGAGGGUACUUUUCAAUUAUAUAUUUAUAUAUGAAUAUAUAUGUAUAUAUAUAGUAGUAGUGAUAUACAGGUUGGUGUAUUAAUUUGUAGUUAGAGUUUCAACAACCUCCAGAGUGCAUUUACUCUUUCAUCUACCCCUCACCACCGCAACACUACUAUAAUAAUACAGACUAUACUCAUCACUUUCUCAGUUUCUGAUCUCUUAUCUGAUCUUCUAUCUAUAUAUCUUCUUAUAUCAUCUUUCUCCUUCUUCCUAGCUAGCUUCUUCAUUUUCCUUGCUUCUCACUCAUUCUUAAGCGAAGAAGCUAGGUAUAUAGUGUGUAUUGUUAUGGUUGCUUCAUUCAUUUAACUUAGCUUAACUAGCUCAAGCUUUGAUAUGUUCAUGAAAGUGUGAUUCUCAUACAUACAGUACCCAUUUUUGAAAGGAUUGAGCAUUGGAUUCAUUAGGGUAGCGUGGUUUGCAAUAAAAAUGGAAACUUGUACGGCUCUUCUGCUUUUAACGGCGGUCAUUGCUUACCAGCUUUGGCUAACUUUCAUCUCACGGUCACUGAAGGGUCCACGUGUCUGGCCUCUAUUGGGCAGUCUCCCGGGGCUGAUCGAGAAUUGUGACCGUAUGCAUGACUGGAUCUCUGAUAACCUCCGCGCGUGUGGCGGCACGUACCAGACAUGCAUCUGUGCAAUCCCCUUCCUUGCUAAGAAGCAGGGUCUCGUGACUGUCACGUGCGACCCGAGGAACUUGGAGCACAUUCUCAAGACCCGAUUCGAUAAUUACCCGAAAGGGCCCACGUGGCAUGCUGUGUUUCAUGAUCUACUUGGUGAUGGAAUCUUCAACUCUGAUGGUGACACGUGGCUUUUCCAGCGUAAGACGGCUGCAUUGGAAUUCACCACCCGGACGCUCCGACAAGCCAUGGCCCGGUGGGUGACCCGAGCCAUCAAGGAACGGCUUUGCUUGAUCCUCAAGAAAGCCGAGGAGGAAGCCGGGUCGGUCGAUUUGCAAGAUCUAAUGCUUCGGCUCACUUUUGACAACAUUUGCGGCUUGGCUUUUGGGAGGGACCCACAAACUUGUGGCCUAGGCUUGCCGGAGAAUAAUUUUGCCACUGCUUUCGACCGAGCCACCGAGGCUUCGCUUCAGAGGUUCAUAUUGCCGGAGGUGCUGUGGAAGGUCAAGAAAUGGCUUCGGCUUGGAAUGGAAGUCAGCUUGAGCCGAAGCCUUGUUGACGUGGACAAGCAUUUAUCUAAUGUCAUCGAAAAGCGCAAAGUGGAAUUAUUAAGCCACCAAAAGGAUGGGACCCACCAUGAUGAUUUGCUGACUAGGUUUAUGAGGAAAAAAGAAUCCUACUCGGAUCAAUUUCUCCAACACGUGGCAUUGAAUUUCAUCCUAGCUGGACGUGACACGUCAUCAGUCGCAUUGAGUUGGUUUUUCUGGUUGGUGAUUCAGAAUCCAAGUGUGGAAACAAAAAUUUUGCGCGAAAUAUGCACCGUUCUGAUUGAGACACGUGGCAGUGACGUGGAAAAGUGGGUUGAGGAACCGUUGGUGUUUGAGGAAAUUGAUCGUUUGGUUUAUCUAAAAGCAGCAUUGUCCGAGACACUAAGGUUGUAUCCUUCGGUGCCGGAGGAUUCGAAGCACGUGGUCGCCGAUGAUGUGUUGCCGGAUGGCACGUUCGUUCCGGCCGGAUCAUCGGUGACAUAUUCGAUAUACUCGGCAGGGAGGUUGAAGUCCACGUGGGGCGAAGAUUGCAUGGAAUUUCGCCCUGAGAGGUGGUUGUCUCAGGAUGGAACAAAAUUCAUCAUGCACGACUCUUUCAAGUUUGUUGCUUUCAAUGCUGGUCCAAGAAUAUGCUUAGGAAAGGAUUUGGCAUACCUACAGAUGAAGUCGGUUGCGGCCGCCGUGCUCCUCCGCCACCGGCUCACAUUGGUGCCUGGCCACCAGGUUGAGCAGAAGAUGUCACUCACAUUGUUCAUGAAAAAUGGACUCAAGGUCAAUGUUCAUAGCAGGGACUUGAAAGGUUUUGUGGCAAGUUUUCUGAAAGAAAGGGUAGCAGAUAAUAAUGGUAAAGAAUCUGCAGGUUUGAGAAGUAAUGGUUGUUAAUAAUAAAAGAUUUCCAACACGAAUUUAGAGAUUUUUGCACCUGGAUUUCAAGUUCAACUGAGGAGAAUUUAGCUACAACAGAAAAAAAGAUUUAAAAAAAAGGCCUUUUAGAGAAAAGGAGUAUAUUCAUGGUGUCUUAUAUUAAAUUCAUAAUUCAUAUUAGAAACUGUUUGGGAGAUUUCAUUUUCUAGGAUUGUUAAGAUUGAUGAAAUGUUUUUUUCUCAAUCUAUAUCUGCCUUUGUAGAAUACUUGGGAAAUAUUCAUUGUAUUCAUUAUUUCUUGUUAUGUUUUUUUCUAUUUAAUUUUACUGGUUUU